AUGGCAUUCAUCAGAAAGAAAUCUAAACGAACUCAGAACUCAAGUGGCUCUGAUCUUUCAGAGCAAGCAAUGAAUGAUUCUGUGAGAGCCGCACAGAUUAUCUUUCAAAAACAUGCUUCUUCGCAAUCUAGUCUCAAUACACAUUCAACGGCGUCAUCUUCACAAACUCCAGGGUCUAUCAUUUCUCCACAGCCAAGGUACAAGAGAAACAAUUCAGCCUCUCAGGUCCAUCUUUCAACAAAUGAAAGAAGUUCCAACAACCAGAUAAGACGACCAAUUUUGUCGCCGGUCCAAACAAGCAAUUCACAUAACUCUAAAGUGCUGGAAAAUUCUGAAUCGGCUCAAGCAGCAGCUCAACUGGCGGCGGCUCAUUGGAGUCAAAUUGACGAGCGUGAAAGUAACACGCCCGUGAGAAACGUGGCUUCAAGGACGCACUUUGAGAAAGAUAAUGGAGGGGCUGGUAUAGAAUAUACUAGAGUACCGCCGCCACAAUCGUUUUCAAGUCAAUCAGUUAGUCAGGUGCAGCCUCCAUCUCAAAUCCAGACGCAGAACUCGCAUCAGACACAGUCCCAUUCAAAAUCACUACAACAGCAAGCUCAAUUCCUCCCCAGACCACAGCCCAAGCUGCGAUCUGUUUCUCCUAACUUAUCAGAAUCUUCGAACUUCCCCAAGAAUCCGAAACAUGGCUCAACGACAUCGAUAACCAAUUCAAAUUCGAACGCAUCGAAUACUGUUUUGAAUGGAUCAAGCUCCAAGCUUAAGGAAAACAGGGCGUUGCCUAGUCGUGUACCGCCACCAAAGAUAUAUUUCGAUAAGAAUAGUACAGAAGGCGCCAACGAAUAUGACUUUGGAGAGUUUGAUGAUAACAAUAAUGAUGAUAGCAAGACCGAGGAUAAUAGUGAUAUAGAAUCGAUAAAUUCAACGCCAAUAUCAAAUUCACUUUUGUCGAUGGUUACAGAUCGUUCAUCAUUUGAACGAGGUUUUGAAGAUGACGAAGACGAUGAUGACGAAGGUGAUGAAGAUGACGAUGAUGAUGACAAAGAAGAAGAAGAGGUUUAUGACGAUGAAGAUGCUGAUGUGCAGGGAAAAUAUAAUUCUGAUUACACUGACACACAUCAAAACAGUUCUAGCUCGUUUUCCCUGGCGACACCUGUAGAUGCUAAUUAUGAUUCAACGGCUGCUGCAGUAAGUGCAAACGCCGCUUACGGGAACAUGAACAAAGUUGAUCAUCCCACUGUGACUUACCAGGGUACUUUACCAGAUCUUAUACCCAAUCACACGAGGCAAUCGAGAAUGGGCAGGCUCAAGACAAAAAUUUUUGGGUCAAGAAGCAAGCAUAGGCUGGACCAGACUAACAAUCAACACUUGGGAAAAUCUAGUGUAACUUCUGAUGAGUAUGGCAGGCCGGUGGUCACUACCAACCAAAAUAUGAAGUUCAAGACCACUAUGAGAGGAAAAGAACACAGGUCUGCACAUGACAGAGUGUCAGAUAGUACAGACGAAAAAAAUCGCUUCGAAAGAUAUGGGGCAGGUGACGAUAUUGACUCAGAUGUUAGCUCUACUGAUUCAGAUAGCGAUUCAGUCGAACGAAACGAUGAGAAAAGAAGACGCAAAAGAACGUAUCGACUGAAAAGGCAUUUGAAGAAUACUGCAGCUGCUGUUCCAUAUACUCAUCAUCUUCAUCAUCACGACCAUCGUCAUAACCACAAAUCCCAACCCUUCAAUGAAGAUAAACCCUGGAAGUCCCAUAAUGACGUGGGUUUUGUAACACCACAGGAAAGAAAGAGGUACGAAGGAAUGUGGGUAAGUAAUAGAUGUCUGUACCUAGAGCUCUUGCCCUGGUGGGACUCAAUAAUGACCGGUAAAUCGGCUCCUAGUGUUCCAUUGCCAGAAGAUGGAUUGAUGCUCAACAUUGUUGUCAAAGAUAUAUGGGUCCGGUCGAAUUUACCAAGUGAUUUACUAUUUCAGAUAUAUGAUAAAGUCGAUACGAGACAAGACGGAACCCUCGAUCGGAAGUCGUUCAUCGUUGGUAUGUGGCUGGUAGAUCAAUGUUUAUACGGCCGUAAACUGCCCCGAGAGUUGAAUCAACAAGUCUGGGACAGCGUCGAUAGAUACAUUGUAAACGUCAUCAAUCCAGCUACUAUCAAACAUAUUGACAAGACCAAGAAGAAACAAAUGAAGCAAGAGAUAAAGAAUAUUAAAAGAGAAAUCAAAAACACUCAUCUGUAA